AUGGUUGGUGAAAUGAAGUUGAUGAUUACGGAGGAACAAAAAUUCCAAGGGAAAGCAUUGUCGUUAUCCCAUACGAAGACGGCAAUCACUACGAUCAAGGAGAAAUUCACUGAACAGCAGCUGCAAAUGUUUGAACAGAGUUGUUUUGGUCAUCUCCUAGGGAUUGAGGACCUCAAGUGGACUUCUCCGAUUGUCCACGGGUUGCUGCUCAGGAAAGCUGAUCCCAAGACAGUUUCCCAACUGAACGGGAUCAAAUUCAUUGUUGGCAAGAAGGUCAUCCAAUUCACGGCGCAGCAAUUUUGCAUCGUGACAGGGCUAAGGUUUGGAAACCUUCCCUUUAUUCCGAUUCCCACGAAUGAGAACUGCUCAUUGAAACGGAAGUACUUUGCCAACGAUAAAGCUGUGAACCUGUUGGAAUUAGAAAAGGCCUUCCUCGAAUGCGAUGAUGUGGACGAUGUAUUCAAGCUUGGAUUCUUAUACUUUGCUGUCUUUGUGCUGUUGGGCAGCGAAAAACAUGUCCACAUUGACAUGCGAUAUUUGAAGUUGGCGGAAGACCUUGAAGACUUUGGGAAGUAUCCAUGGGGUGCUGUGUCUUAUGCGAAGACAAAUGCGUCACUGCUGAGGGCACUUUGUGCAGAUUACCAGCGAGUGAAAGUGCCCACAAAAACUGCCAAAACAAAAAAAUCUGGAAAGAAACCAACAACAACGGCAACCGGUAGACCAAGAGAGUACCACCUCAAAGGUUUUCCGUAUGCACUUCAGAUUUGGGCGUAUGAGGUGUUUCCAGCGUUGGCUGCACUACAUUUGGUGGUGCACGAAGAAAAUGCGCACAUCCCUCGUUUACUACAUUGGAGGAGCAAUAGUUCGCCGCGUUUUUAUGAGCUAAUGAGCCAAGUAUUCGAGAACCGUGAGGUUGAUGUGCAGCUUCUCCGGCCAUCUGUGAUGGACAAGCAGCAGCCGUAUUGGACUUGGGGUGACAGUGCUGACGACAUGAAGAACUUGUUGACUUGUUGGGCGAUGACGCUGAACAACAAACCGGCACUUCUGCCUCUGUAG